GAAAAUUUUGACGAUUGCAUUUGCGACUGCGACAACAAUAACAACAACAACCGGGGGAAAAUACAAAGAGCUUUACACAAAAACCGUGCUAUAUAAGCUAGAAAAUGUCUUUGUGGUCGUGUUCCACGAAAGCAGCAGCUUCUACAGCUCGCAAAAUCGUACUCUUCGCUCAACAUUCAGUGUCAGUUGCUCCACAAUCGCCGUUGGUGAAUUUUGGUGUCAAAGUUCCGUCUCCGUUUGGAUUACAAUUCUUGAUUACUAAACGCUUAAACUCAAAUAUGCCUAUCAAGUCAAUCUUCGCUCGUCAAAUCUUCGACUCGCGUGGUAACCCCACCGUCGAGGUUGAUUUGUGCACUGAAUUGGGUCUUUUCCGUGCCGCUGUACCCUCAGGUGCAUCGACCGGUGUGCAUGAAGCUCUUGAAUUGCGCGACAACGAUAAGAACAGCUAUCAUGGCAAGGCUGUGACCAAAGCUGUCGACCAUGUAAACAAGUCUUUGGGACCUGAAUUGUUGAAGGCUAAUCUUGAGGUUACCGAUCAAGAAGGCAUUGAUAACUUCAUGCUGAAAUUGGACGGUACUGAGAACAAGUCGAAAUUCGGUGCUAACGCCAUUCUGGGUAUCUCUUUGGCUGUAUGCAAAGCUGGUGCUGCCAAGAAGGGUGUACCACUAUACCAACAUAUUGCUGAUUUGGCUUGCAACAAGGACAUCAUUCUGCCAGUACCCGCAUUCAAUGUAAUCAACGGUGGUAGCCAUGCUGGCAACAAAUUGGCCAUGCAGGAAUUCAUGAUUUUGCCAACUGGUGCAUCCAGCUUCACUGAAGCCAUGAAAAUCGGCUCUGAAGUGUACCAUCACUUGAAGAAGGUCAUCAAGGAUAAGUUCGGUUUGGAUGCCACCGCUGUUGGUGAUGAAGGUGGUUUCGCACCCAACAUUCAGUCGAACAAGGAAGCUUUGGUUUUGAUCCAAGAUGCCAUCGCCAAGGGUGGUUACACCGGCAAGGUCGAAAUCGGUAUGGAUGUUGCUGCUUCUGAAUUCCACAAGGACGGUCAAUACGAUUUGGACUUCAAGAACCCCAACAGCGACAAGUCACAAUGGUUGUCGCCCGAGAAGCUCACCAACUUGUACCAGGAAUUCAUCAAGGAAUUCCCCAUCGUCUCCAUUGAGGAUCCCUUCGAUCAGGAUCACUGGGAAGCCUGGACUACCAUUACUGCCAACACACAAAUCCAAAUUGUCGGUGAUGAUUUGACUGUAACCAACCCCAAACGUAUCCAGACUGCGGUCGAGAAGAAGGCUUGCAACUGCUUGUUGUUGAAGGUCAACCAAAUCGGUACCGUCACCGAAUCCAUCAAGGCUCAUUUGUUGGCCAAGAGCAACGGCUGGGGCACCAUGGUAUCACAUCGCUCCGGUGAAACCGAGGACACCUUCAUUGCCGAUCUCGUUGUUGGCUUGUCGACUGGUCAAAUCAAGACCGGCGCUCCAUGCCGUUCGGAACGUUUGGCCAAAUACAACCAAAUCCUUCGCAUCGAAGAAGAAUUGGGCGCCAAGGCGAAGUAUGCUGGCAAAUCUUUCAGAAAGCCACAGUAAAUCGUUGAGUGUUGAGCAAUGAAUAAAUGAUUCCAACAUGCACAGUUAAGUGUAAUUAAAGAAGUUUAAUUAACAUCGUGUGGUGGGUGUGGCAAAUUAAGUUGAUCUUAAACCAACGGGAAUACAAUAAAUGCAAACCUAGUACCUUAAACUGUAUAGCCACCUACUACGUCAAACCGACCAACAACAACAAGAAAUGUUAACGAAAUUUUGUGCACAGUUAUGAUUAUCAUCAUCCUAUCAUAUACUUUAAAACCAUUUUAAUUGUUAUAUUAAACAUUUUAUUUAAACUUUAUAUACAGAACUAUUAUUUCUUAAUUGUUCUUUUUAUAUAAAACUACUUUAAAUUAUUAUUAUUAAUGAUAAUUUCAUUUCGGUAUAAUAAAAUAGUCAUAGCAGAAUGAUAAAAAAAAAUAAAGAAAAGACCAAAAACACAACAAAUUAUUUAUUUAUUAUUUCAAAUACAUAUCUUUCUUUUUUUUGCAACUGUGCCAUAACUAUCUCUAAUUAACUGGCUUUUAAACAAAAAAUAUAUUGCUUAACCAAAACAAAAACAAAAACA